GCCGCCGCUGCCUGCUGCCCCUCGGCGCUACUCCUGCUCCCCUGCCUGCUGUUGCUCCUCCAUCUCCAGAUCGGAUCACGGUGAGGGAAAGAUGAGCGAGGAGACGGCGACUUCUGACAACGAUAAUAGUUAUGCACGAGUGCGAGCUGUGGUGAUGACCCGAGAUGACUCCAGUGGUGGAUGGUUACCACUUGGAGGGAGUGGACUAAGCAGCGUCACUGUCUUCAAAGCCCCUCCUCAGGAAGAGAAUGGCUGUGCUGACUUUUUUAUCCGUGGAGAGCGGCUCAGGGACAAAAUGGUGGUUUUGGAAUGCAUGCUUAAAAAAGACCUCAUUUAUAAUAAGGUCACACCAACAUUUCAUCAUUGGAAGAUUGAUGACAAGAAGUUUGGCCUUACCUUUCAAAGUCCUGCUGAUGCUAGGGCAUUCGAUAGAGGCAUUCGAAGAGCUAUAGAGGAUAUUUCUCAAGGAUGCCCACCAUUAAAGUUUGAACCUGAAGGAACAGAAGAUGACUUACAAGUGACUGAAGAGGAUACUUCCAGUUCUCUAGUGAGAGAACACUUUUUCCAUCAAGAGACAGUUGUUACCAGUGACCCUUACAGAAGCUCCAAUAUAAGACCAACUCCCUUUGAAGAUCUGAAUGCCAGAAGAGUUUACUUGCAAAGCCAAGCCAAUCAGAUAACAUUCGGUCAGCCAGGUCUAGACGUUCAGAGCAGAAAUAUGGAAUAUGUACAGCGGCAAAUAUCUAAGAACUCCGGAAGCCUAAAGUCCCAAAACAGGGUCCCUCUGAAAUCAAUCAGACAUGUCAGCUUUCAAGAUGAGGAUGAGAUUGUCAGAAUAAAUCCUCGAGAUAUCUUAAUACGUCGGUAUGCAGACUACAGGCAUCCUGACAUGUGGAAAAAUGACUUGGAGAGAGAUGAUGCUGACUCCAGUAUUCACUUUUCUAAACCAGACAGUAAAAAAUCAGACUAUCUCUACUCUUAUGGAGACGAGACUAAGUUAAGUUCACUCAGAGACUCUGUGGUGUUUAAGACACAGCCUUCCUCAUUAAAAGUUAAGAAGUCAAAACGAAGAAAAGAGGAUGGUGAACGUUCUCGCUGCGUAUACUGCCAGGAAAGGUUUAAUCAUGAAGAAAAUGGCAGGGGGAAAUGUCAGGAUGCUCCAGAUCCUAUUAAAAGAUGUAUAUAUCAAGUUAGUUGCAUGCUCUGUGCAGAGAGCAUGUUGUAUCAUUGUAUGUCAGACUCAGAGGGAGAUUUUUCUGAUCCCUGUUCGUGUGACACUAGCGAUGACAAGUUCUGCUUAAGAUGGUUAGCCCUGGUGGCUUUGUCUUUCAUUGUCCCAUGCAUGUGCUGCUACGUCCCCUUGAGAAUGUGCCAUCGCUGUGGUGAGGCCUGCGGGUGCUGUGGUGGGAAACAUAAAGCUGCUGGAUGAAGGGAUCCAGUGCCAAAAUGAGCUUAAAGUCUUUGUUUCCAGGAAUUAGCUAACUUGGAUUUGUGGAAGCUUUUGGCAAGCAGUGUGGAACCUUGCCUGGUGUCAUUGGGGCCACACAUGGAGGAAGCGGAACUUGUCAGUUCUUGGCAUUUCACGUGCUAGCCAUGCUUAACUUUUUCCCUUGAGUGCAUGGCAUGUUAUGUUACAGGUUGUAGAGUAUUUGCAGAAGGAAAUCAUUUCUGGUUCUUGACUAUAAAAAGUCAGAAUAAAAUAUGAUCUGACUACAAGGGAUCAAUUUUUGGCAUUUUUGUAUAUUUAUGCAUUAGGUGAUGGGACUUAUAAAGGUUUGAUUAUAUUAGGACAUGAACUAAGAAUAAAAGUGCACUAGGGGACAGUUUAUUUCAAUCUAAGAAAAGUUAACACUUGGGAAUUACAAGCAGUAAAGAAGUGCAACUAAAUCAUUAGUUGGUUUUUGAAAGCAGUUUUAUGUAUAAAUAACAAAUGUUUAUAUUUAACUAAAUGUAAGGUACGAAUUAUUACAUAUUAAACUUUUCUUGCCCUUCCUAGUUCGGAAGUAGAUAUAUAUAUCUGCUGUCACAUUCCAUAUGUUUUGAAUAUUUAACUCACAUCUAAUUAAUAAUGUUUUUAUUCCAUGUGAAUGAUUUGAUAUUUUCAUCCUCAUUUCUUUUUGGCUACAGUUUAUAUUGAGUUAUAUGUGUACAUUCUGGUAAUCUAAAUUCUUUAAAAUACUCUAAUAUUCUUGAGUGACCAACUUUUUUUUAAAGCACAGGUGUAAUUGUCUAAUGUUCUGAUGGGAACAUAACACUUAUUUUUAUAUAAAAAGAGACUGAGUAAACAUAGAAAAAAGUGAAGUUUUUUGUAGUUGUUUUGUUUUUUGUGGUAUUCAACCAGCAAGUUGUUUUCUUUCAGAGUUUCCUCCUUUAAAAAUUAUAUUGCAUUUACAAAUGAUUUAUAAGGCAAAAAGUUUAACUGGAUAGUUAAUGUAAAACAGUUCCCUCUUGAGGUCUCCCAUUUAUCAUUCCGCUAAACUAGAAUAUGUUCAGCUGUGUUACUAAUCUUUUAGCUUAAUCCUCAGUGUUUUUUCACAGAACAAUGAUAGCUCUUUUUAGUUGCAUUUUAUUUUUAUUUAAACCUGCCAAAAGGAAAAUUAUUUUAUGUUAAAAUGUGUGCUAAACUAUCCGAGGAAAGCAUUUAAUCCAACAUUUGUGAAUGAAAUAUCUUGUAAAUACAAAUUUAUUCCUUUUGCAGAGCAUUGUGUUACUGGGUGUUUAAUUUACAAAGUAAUAGGAUACAUGUUCCAACAAAUUGUUUAAAGUACUUUGGGGUCAAAUUGUCUUUUCUUUUUCUUCUUCUUUUGUGUUAACAUAAAAACUAACCAAGUGAGGGAGUCUUUUAAAAACAUUCCCUUAGUGGGAUAAAGUUGAGAAGCGUGCCUUUUUUUUUUUAAUGGCUUGAUGUUUCAGAGAUGAUAAAAAUUAAAGUCACUACCAUUUGAGCUCAUUUUCUAUGCAGGUUUUUAAAUGUCAUUUAUGUAUCAUUCGUUUUACAUAUCAGACUUAAGCUUAUUAUGUUUGCUUUCUUUUGCCCCAGAUAAAACUGAACAAUGUAUAUAACACUAUCUGUCUGUAAAAUACUUUUUUUAAGAAAGCAUUUAUAUUUAUAUGACAGCUUGAACUGACAAUUGUAUAUAGAUCAUCAUGAAGUAUUAUUUCACAUUGAAAAGAAGAAAAAUAUAUUGAUAACUAUAGAUGUUAUGAAGAAGAGGUUAUUUCUAGUUUUGUACUAAAAAUCAAUUGAACUAAAUCCAAAACAUGACACUGUAGCAGCAGUUUUAAGUCUUAUUUUUACUGUUUAUAUUUUUGAAUGCUGCUACACCAGGUGAUCUUUAUCCCUGAAGUUUUCAGUAAACUUGGUUUCCUAAAAUAGACUGUUAACUUUCAAAAUUCCUUUUUAUUGGUGAAAUGGAAAUACUGGUUUCCUUGUGAAUGGAUUUUCAUAUUUGUAAGUGCUAAGAUUAUAAUUCAGGUUUGAGCAAGGUGUGGAUAACUGAAGAAAAUAACUUGCUGGCUAUAUAGGAAAAUGCUGUGGAAAAGAACUGUGUAUGUACUUCUGAGAAGAACAAAUUUAAUCAUUUCUGUUAAGCACUAACCAGUAUAGUGCUACUCCUGGUUCUGUACUGUAUUUUAUAUGCAACGUAUAUGCUUUAAUAUUUUAAUGUUUGUGCAUUAAUAUUUUCAAUCUGUUUAACCACUUUGCUGCUAAGAUUUUACUGUCCCAUCCCCGUUUUUUUUUUCCUUUACAGUUUUAAACAAGUUUCUUCAUUAAAAACUAUGGUGAUUAAAUGGUUUUUAUUUCACCUUGGAACUUAUCAAUUAACAUACCCAAUUUCCAGAUUGGGUCUAGAAAACUGAUAAUGUUACCUGAGUCGGUAGUUGGAAAUUUUCUCUUAUGUAAGUGAGAAUUUCUGUGUGAAAAUGAGAUAAUUUAACUCUGAUUAUCAAAUAUAAGUAUAAACAUAACGGGACAUUUCCUUGCUCUGUACAGAUGUGGCAUUGCCAUUUGGCAUUUCUUCGAAAACUUUUGUUUAAUCUGAUUGUAUAAGCAAAUGGCUCAACAAAACUGUUAAAGUAAAUUUUAAAAAUGAAGUCAUCUAAGUGGCAUAAUAAGAAAAAAUUUGACCUGAUGAACUGACUUUGUUCAGAAUUGAUAGUUUUCAAAUGGUGUUUCUCCUAGCUUAGAAUAAUUUCAUUGCUGAGGAAAUGUAUAUCUGGAGCUUCAGCACCACCUACUGGAUGAUUUCCAGACAGACAAAAGAGGUGGAUCCUGGGGUCCCACACAGUUCCUUCUUACUACUAGUAAAGGGCUAUUCACGAGGCCACCUCCUACCAUGGACACCAGGAGUAAGAAAUAUCUCACAGGAACUGUAAAAUGAUUCUUUUCUGUAAUGUGUUUUGUUGGUUACUGAAAGAUUUUAAGCACUUUUUUACAUACCCUCUUUUAAAAUAUUUAUUGAUAUUUGGGACUGGCAGUCCUACUUAAUGGAUGUGCUGACAUUUAUAGAACCAGUUCCUUUAACUCACAAUAGCCAUUACCAAAAUGGUAUUUUCAUUUUUCCUCCAAUUGCCAGGCAGGGAGAAUUCUAAAAAUAACCUAAUGGCCUGUAUUUUACCGUGACAACUUUAGAGGGACUGUGUGUAUGUUUCAGAGAAGAUGAUGAUGAGGCAGGGAUUCAAAUUUAAAGGGAAAAUCUUGAGACUACCUAUUUUCAUUGGUUAUUCAGCAGUGCCUAAAAUGAGCUUUUGAAGUUUCACAAAUGCACUUUCAACUCAUGUGUAUAGUGCCAUCUGAUAUCUUGGAUAAGUGUUGCUUUUCUUUUCCUUUUCGUCCUUUCCCCUUAAUGAAGUGACAGAUGUUUCUUACUACCCAUGCAGAUACUCAGAGUACAGGAAACAUGUACUUUCCUUUCGAUGGGAAAUGUAAAGAAUUUUAAGGAUGUUUCUUUUGUUGAGGUUUACUUUAGGCUUUAUGAUUACACUUGGAACAUAAAACCUGCAAAUAUGUGUUUAAGAUUAGGUUUUUAAUUGUAGCCCAAAGGUACAUUAAACAAGUGUAACAUUUUUCUUUAUAAAACUGAAAAUCUUAGUUACCUGAAAGAAAUGGAUUCCUCACUAAAUAUUAUUUUCAUUCUUGAUUACCCUCCAUUAUUGCAUUUCUAAGUAUAAGGGAAAGCACUACAAACUUGCAUUACAUAUUGUUGCACUAAGAAAAAGUCUACAAAUCAUGAUUAUAGCACUACAAGGUGUUUUGCAUUGUCAGCAUUUAAAAAAAUUUUUUCUGAAAACAACUGGAGGUGAUUUAUGUAAACCAAAAAGAAAUAAAAAACAAAAGGGCUUUAAGGUACUGUUCGCCUAGCAGCCAGGUGGUUAUAAAACUUUGAUAUGCUUUGCUACACUGAUAAAUGUUAGCCAUUGUUCCUGAAAGCUUCUUAAAUUGCUUACAUUGUUAGUUUUGAAAAAUUACAAGAUAAUUUAGUUGAAAAGCCUUUGUAUUAAUGAUACACAUAGAUUUUUGUGAACAUUUCUCAUGUGUAGUGUCAUUUGCUUUCUCUUCUCUUGACCUUGAAAGUGCCUCACUUGUAUAUUAUUUCCAUUAAAAGCUUGACUGCAUUCUUUCUAAUGAGCAAUGAAAAAUUGUUUAAUCCAUGUCAUAAUGUAUCUCCUCAGAUAUAGCUAACUAGCUUGUUACUUUUGAGUAUAUAAUGUAAAUAUGCAUAUAUAAGUUUGUAACUGUUUUUGUUACAUCAUACCCAUGUAAUUGGACAUAUCAGAUGCUAUCAUAAGAAUUUGUUUUGAUGGUUUUUUUCGUCCCCUGGAAUUACCUAAUUAAACCUAUCAUGAAAUGUAAAA